AUGGUUAAAUGAUCAUCAAUUAUGUAAUCGUUAAGCGCCCUAAUUUUCUGCCUCAGUUCUCUAAUAUGGCUUCUCUCUCAUCUGCCUGCGCUGCCUGUGGUGUCUGUUUCAUCUUCACGAUAGAUGGAGGAGGAUAACACCACUUUAUACGAGAUGAUUCUUGGAGGGCUUAAAGCAGAAACCUUCUACUCUGUGUCAGUGGCAGCGUACACUACCAAAGGAGACGGAGCUCACAGCAAAGCGAAGCUGGUGCAGACCCCAGGGAUAGUGCCCGGGCCCCCCUCACUCUGGGUGCGUCCAGGAUCAGGUCCGUGGGUAGUGCUGCGGUGGGCCCCUCCCCUGGAUUGCAUGGAGCCAGGCUCAGAUGGUCCUGUGCCCCCUGUGGAAAUCCUGGGCUACCGCCUCCAGUUCAGCCUGAAGAACGCCUCUCUGCAAACCACAGUGGAUUUCACGAGUCGAGAGAAAAACUUCAAUGUCACUAAUCUCUCCCCAGGCUCCUCUUACAUCUUUGUCCUCUCCGCAAAGAGCCGAGCCGGCUACGGUGGUGUAGUGAAGCAGGAAAUAACUGUUCCCAUAUUUCCGCCCUCGGGGUACCCUAUAAUAUCCAGCGCUGUGAACAUCACUUGCUGCUCCCUUCAGUUCUCCUGGCUGCCCCCUUCUGAAGAGGAGUCCAACGGCGAAAUCACAGCGUACAAUUUAGCUUACAAAGAGGUCGUUGAAAUCAAACCCUCUACCACUCCUGGUUACCCUCCAGCUCUAUCUGCUCGCCCCCGUCUGGUCACGAUACCGCCCAGCGAGUCCAGCUACACCAUCCUGGGCCUCAAUCAUAGCACAGCGUACAUGGUUCAGUUCAGAGUCCACAACAAGGCAGGGCCAGGUCCGUUCAGCCCGCCUCUGGUCUGCCGAACCCAGGCCUUAGACACAGGUAUGCUUGUCCUGAAAGCUGGAAAACACUCCUUCACCUCAGCACUGGUUCAGCUUCACAACUCCCCCUCCUUACUCAGGAUUUCACCCCAAGUCUGGGUUAGUCUUUACAGGUGGCCUCUGUGCACACCGUAAAAGCUGAGAACUACAAAGUCCAGGGGAACACAGCAACUCCCUCCUAAUCUCUUCCACUCACUCACUUACCUCCAUCACCUCCCCUUCACCACCAGUGGGAGCAGAUGAAUGUUAAUGGAUGUUUGCUUCAAGAGCACUGCUUAUCACAAAGCACCAGGUGAACACACGGACGUACAGUGCUGAAUACAGAAGGUAAGUGCGCGGUCCGAACUAAACUGAACGCCAGGUGAUAAAGCUGCGGGUAAGCUUUUGUUUAUCUGAUAGACCUCCACUGCCACCUUCUCUGAAACCUUUGCUGACAUGCUACAAACACAACCUUACACUCUGAGAAUGUGGCAUGCCACAGUCCUGCGACUGGUCUGUCCGUCUUCUCUUAUUACUCUUGUCAUCCACUGUCCUCAUCACCUGUCCGUCCCGCUAACCAUCAUGUAUUCUCCCCCCCGGUAACCAACCUGCCUCUUUGUUUACAGGUCUGCAGAGCGACAGCUGAGGACUGCUGAGUCGAUAAGAAACGCUCCAGUAACAUCAACUUUUUAUUUGCUUC